AACCCUCCCAUGUUUCAUUCAAGCAAGAAGGGUUUGUCUUGAACGCGCAAGAUGAGUUUCCUGUUGCCGAAGCUGACCAGCAAGAAGGAAGUGGACCAAGUGAUCAAGACAACAGAGGACCUGGUUCUCGUCCUUCGGUUCGGCCGAGACACUGACCUAGUGUGCAUGCAGCUUGAUGAAAUACUUUCUAAAACUGCUCAUGAUGUUUCGAAGAUGGCCACCGUUUACUGUGUGGACUCGGACAGUGUCCCAGUCUAUACGCAGUAUUUUGACAUCGCCCUUAUUCCAGCUACCAUAUUCUUCUUCAACGGACAGCACAUGAAGGUGGAUUAUGGAACUCCUGACCACACAAAAUUCAUUGGAAGCUUCAAGACGAAGCAGGAUUUCAUUGAUCUGGUCGAGGUGAUCUACCUCGGUGCUAUGAAGGGCAAGCUGAUGGUCAGGUCCCCCAUUGAUCCCCAGAAUAUCACACAGUAUGAGCUGCUCUAUCAGGAUAUCUGAGAAAUAUCAUCAUAUUGAUUCCCAGAUUAUAGUAUGAGGUGCAGGAUAUCUGAGGAAUAUCACAGGAAUAUCAGCUGUCAUGACGGCAAAAUAUCACAGAGUGUGAGGUGCUCUAUCAGGAUAUCCAAGACAUAUCAUGCUAAUAUCAGCUACCAUAAAUGUCCAAAA